ACUUUGUCUUACGUUGGUUUUUUAAUUGGAUCUGGGCCUUACAUUAUUUCAAUUUGUAUUAGGGUUUUCGUAUAGAUUUUGUCUCCGUCACUCGAUGAAACUUAUAUCCUGAAUAUGGCUAAAGCAGCGAUCAUCCUUUUCGAUCUGAAGACCGGACGAUGCUCCUCCACCAUUCAAGUCCGGUUGCUCCGCUUCUUGGAGUCCAUGAACCUCCGAUGGGGUAGCGAACUCAUGGGAGUCGAUAUGUUUCUGCUUGAUUCCCAGUCGACCAUGAUGCCGGCGACGGUGAAUGUGAACCGGCUUGCAAUUCACAUGCCUAAUCUGAAGGUGGGUUCACUAUAUUCCCUAGCCGGUUUUGAUGUGACCCGAUGUAAUCAGAAUUACCGACUGUCGGACUCCUCUAUGAUGGUUCGUUUCAGCGAUUCAACAUGUUUUGAUGAGAUAACCGAACCGGCUAUUCCGAUCUUUCCGGUUCACGAGCUGCUUGGUCUUGCCAACACAAACACUCAGCUUCCAGACAUUAUCGGUGAGAUAACUGCUGCGAAGAGCACUGUCACCGACCCUCCACAUGACAAGAACCAUUUGAUGGCAACCAUUAAAAUGGAUAAUGAUGUUUCGGUCACUAUGAGUAUGUUCGACUCACAGCCUGUCAAGCUCCACAAUCAACUUGAAUCAAUGGGAGGUGAUCCAAGGGUUCUGGUUGCAACCAGUCUCAACCCCAAAAUUGUGGGAGGUCAUCUGUUUCUGAAUGCCACUUCAGGCACACGCAUAUAUUUUGACAAGGAAACCAUCGCAGGGGAGACUUCUACAGGCUGGUUGCCCAAGACACUGGGCUUAAGGGCUACGACAAGGUGGAAUCCCUGAGCAUAGCUGAUCUCAAUGAAUUUGUCAAUUCUGCUUCCUCUCAGGAGAUUGAUUUCAUCUGCACCGAGAAGGUCACUGGUAUCAAGCUGGACAAGGGAUGGUGCUACGUUUCUUGCUCCAACUGUACCAAGAAGCUCCAACGCACUGUCUCGGCUUUCACAUGUCUGGAUUGUAAUAAUACUAAUGCUGUUGGUGUUCUGAAGACUGAUGUAUCGGGUGGAGAUGUCCAUUGCAGAUGAAAAUGUUGAAGGCCUCUUUGUUUGUUUUGAUGGGGUUAUGACAAAACUGCAUAAUAUGAGAGCCUAUGAAGCUUGCCAUCUUUUGACAUGGAGGGUAAAACCUACAAGUUCCAGGUCAAGGUCAGUGCAUACAACUUCACUGAAAACCAUCAAAUUUUUACGAUCUCCUGCAUCCUUAGUGAAGGUGACCGUAUGCCGCUCCCUCAGUUUGUUGCCAAUGUGAUGAUGACAAUGGAGACGACAACAGUGGUGCCAUCUCGGUUCGUGUUAAGGUGGAGACUGGUGGUAUCAGUCAGGUGCAAGGAUCCUCGGGAAUUAAGAAGAAGGCACGUACGGCAUGGGUGGAGAGGAUUGGAAACUUGAAGUUGUGCAGUAUUUUCCGCUUUCAGUAAUGCUUACGCAUGUGUUUUUUUUAUCCAUGUUUUAUUGACCACUUAAUCUUUGAAUCUUGGUUAUUUUAUAUUUGGUUACAGACGAGCUUAUCACGUUUUCCA